GUAGUUCCGCUUGUCCUCGUUCCCAUUCAUCUCCUCCUAUUCCAACCUCUCUCCCAGUCUCUGUCUCUCUCUCUCUAGGAGUGUUGGUGGCGGCGAUGGCGGCGGCGGCGGGAGCGGGGGACGCGACCGCGGUGUACGCGAGGGACGCGAUGAUCGCGUGGUUCCGGGGGGAGUUCGCGGCGGCGAACGCGAUCAUCGACGAGCUGUGCGGCCACCUGGCGCAGAUCGAAGGCGGGGAGGAGUACGAGGCAGCGUUCGCGGCCAUACACAGGCGCCGCCUCAACUGGAUCCCGGUUCUCCACUUGCAGAAGUACUUCUCCAUCGCCGACGUCUCCGCCGAGCUCCGCCUCGUGGUGGCUAACCGCGCGGCGGCCGCCUCCUUCGCCCCGGACGACCCUCCCGCGGAGGAGGAACCUGCUGCUCCCGAGGCGGUAGUUGCCGACCCCAAGGUCGCGGUCGAGGAAGAAGCGACGGCGGCGGCAGAGGAGAAACCUUCCGGAGAUUCUUCGGAUCAAAGGGGCGUCGAAGACGGUGAAGCGUACGGAGGACCCCAAGAAGCACCAUCUUCAUCGGACAAGGCCGAUGUGAAAGCAGAAGUAGAUGGCUCGGUGCGUCCGGAGAGGAUUAAGAUCUCGAAAGGUUUUGUGGCCAAGGAGUCGGUGAAAGGGCACAUGGUCAAUGUUGUGAAGGGUCUCAAGUUGUACGAGCACAUCUUCACAGACUCGGAGCUGCUCACGCUCUCUGAAUUCGUAGAUGAGCUCCGCCUUGCGGGGCGCGGCGGCGAACUCCCAGGUGAGACGUAUAUAUUCUUCAACAAAGAAAUGAAAGGGAACAAGAGAGAGAUCAUUCAGCUUGGCGUCCCACUAUUCCAAUCAACGACGGAGGCAGCAAGUAACAUCGAACCAAUUCCCUCCGAGUUGCAGACUGUAAUCGAUCACUUGGUUCAAUGGCGUUUGAUACCGGAGACUAGGAAGCCCGACAGUUGCAUCAUCAAUUUCUUCGACGAGGAUGAGCACUCGCAGCCGUACUUCAAACCUCCGCAUUUGGACAAUCCCAUUUCCACACUCGUCCUCUCGGAAACUACGAUCGCUUUUGGGCGGUCUCUUGUUAGCGAUCAUGAAGGAAACUAUAAGGGUUCCUUGACGGUUCCCAUCAAGCAAGGGUCACUCCUAGUCAUGCGCGGUAACAGCGCGGACAUGGCGAGGCACGUUGUUUGCGCUUCACCGAACAAGAGGGUCAUCGUCACAUUCGUGAAGGUGAGACAUGCCGCCGCUCGCCAGGCGGCGGCUUCGCCUACCGCGUUGCAGCCAACCAAGGCGAUGACGGUUUGGCAACCCGGGACAGCACAGACGACGACGACACCGCGGAAGGUGGCUACCGCGGGGGUCAUCGCCUGGCCUCAUCGCGUGAUACCGGCCGCAUGGGGAUUGGCUCUCCACAGCCCCGUGGUAAUGGUGGCGCCGCGCAGGGCGAUGGUUGUGGGCCCUGGCAAGAAGGCGCCCCGCAAUGGCACGGGCGUGUUCUUGCCGUGGACGGUCGGCCCCAAGAAGCACACCAAGCAUCUUCCUCCUCGGUUUCAGAAGGGGAGGCUGCCAUCUCCGUUAGAAGCGCAGGCAUAGGUGUGCAGAGAGAGAUUAGCAACUUUCUGAGGUGAUGUUUCCUUUUUGGGGUCUUUGUAAUAUGGUAGUGUAUGUGGUGGUGGUGGUGACUGUGGUGACAAAGAAAAAAAAAAAAAGAGAGCGAGAGAGAGAGAGAAAUGGCGGAGAGGAGUUUUGUGUACUUUUGCUUUUGACAGAAAUGGUGGGAGUGUCGGAAUUUUGAAAUAUUUAAGUUCCGAGUUGUGUUA